GGCACGCCUUGGGUAUCAUCGCCUCCCCUGGUACCACGGUGCGUGCAUUCUUUUGGAACGACGGCAGCGUUACCAAGCGUGUACCGGAAGAUGUGGUUCCACAGAAACGUGAGCAGAUGAUCCGCGAGGACUGUAUGACCGAGGUUCCGUACUUCAUCUGCAUCGAUCUGCUCUUUCACGACCCCGUGGUGGACCCUUUUGGGUUCUACGCCUUCGAGAUCGAAUGGAGCACUCCGAUGGCGGAAGAUUUAGAGACGAAGUUGUCCUCUUCGAUUGAGAUCAUGCUGUACCACCAGAACGAUACAGACUACUGGGGCUGGUGGCCCAUCAAACAAGGAUGCUUGCUGAGCAGCGGCCUGAACAUCCAAGGCAGUCCUUUCGAAGACUUUCAGGCCAUCAGCGGUUCGGCGCGGGCGGAGUACUCCACGGUGUUGGCCAUGCCCGACAGCACCACGGAGAUGACUGUUAUCGUGGAUACCCUCGGGGAGGUCCGCAUCGAUUUGCGCGAUAUCCUGGGCCAGCCUGUGGUCGGAGGUACCAUGAUUGGAAGUAUCACCGCGCGUCUCUUCACCUUGAAAGGCGUUAAAGAGAUGGACCUCCCAGUUCGAUGGGAUCCUGCGAGGGGCUUCUAUUCGGCGUCUUGGACGCCAUUGCCACCGGACCCCAUCUACGAAGAUGACACCACGGGUGGACGCUACUACAGGCGCUUAGUGGUGCGCUUGGACGGAAACCAAGUGCUGAACUCGCCCAUGCCGGUGACGAUCCUGUUGGCCAUCUCGGACCCGACCCAAUCCUUCGUCAUGGCAGGUGACUACACCAUUGCCAAGGCCGGGGAGCCGGUCUGGUACCAGGUGCGUUCCGCCACCCUGGCGGGGCGUCUGCGCGUCACCGGGGGCGAUCUCUAUGAGGUGCUCUUUGAGGGUCCAGCUCAUGAUCCUUUGAUUGGCGAUGAUCGCUUUGAUGGUACUGUGAUCGACAACUUCAAUGGUUCCUACACCGUGAACUUUGAGAUUCAGAGGCCAGGGUACUACAACAUGCGUGUCUUCUUGAAUGGAGUGGAGAUUGGCCCGUCGCCCUUCCUGGGCGUCCUCAUCUGGGACGACCUCUCAGCGCCCCUGACGGCGGUCAACGGACCAGGCAUUAGCCCAGCACAGAACGUUCGCGGCAAUCCUGCAAGGAUCGUGGCAGGUGUCAACACAUCCUUCGACAUCAGCGCCAAAGAUUCCUAUGACGUGCAGUACUUCCGCGGUGGCGGCGUCUUUCGGAUCGACGUGCCGGUGAUGACUCUGGGCCCGGGCGUCAACGUCACCUUUGAGAGUGGCUUCACGUCUCCAGAGGACUAUGCUGUUGUGACGGACAACUUGGAUGGGAGCUAUAGUGUGGAGUACCGCUUGUGCCAGGCCGGAUUGACGGAGAUGACCAUCGAACUGUACACCACAGAGGCGUGGCGCCCCAUUGGCGCCAGUCCCUUCCUUCUCCAGGUCCUGCGUGGCGAACUUACUGCGGAGACUUCUCAGGUACAUCCACCAGUUUCCCAAGUCUACAGCGGAGUGCCAACGACUCUGCAAGUGGAUUUGCGUGAUGCAUGUGGCAACAACGCAGACGACAAUGCCAUGCAAAGUUUGUACAUCUCCUUGGAACGCAUUGAGGAUGGAACUCCAGAGGCCUUGGCCUUUGAAGCCGUGCGUUCCGGACCCGGCGAGGUGACCGUGUUCUUCACUCCUAUGCGCCGUGGUGAGCACCGUUUGGUGGUUCUAGGCGACGGUGUGGAGUUCCAGAAGGCCCCGAUGCACUUCACCGUGAUCCCUGCGGAGCUGGUGCCCAGUCACCAGGAGUGGCUGCUUCCGGCCAUAGGUGCGUCCAGCAACUCGACCUUCGAAGUUCUGAACUCUCCAUGCCAUGCGGGUGACUAUGCAACCUUGAAGGUGACCGCUCGAGACAUGUGGGGUGACCCUUUGACCCACGGGCACUAUACCUUUUUGGUCUACUUCUGGCGAGAGGUUGAAGGUUUCCGUCCUCAGUCCUUACUCUGCGAGCCGAUUUGUGAGGGACCUGCCGCACAGCCAAAGAGGCUCGUGGUUUCGGAUGCCAAUGUCACCUUGGUGAACGUCCAGGCAGAGAUCUAUGAGUUCUCGUUGGCUUCCAACGUUUCUGGUAGUUAUCACACGGCGGUGAGCGUGCUGAGACCUGGAGCUUUUUAUGGCAUUUGGUACAACAAUCCGAACAGAUCCAAGCGCGUCUUUUCUGAGAUGCUCAGAGGACCUUUGGAUCUGAAUUGGGGUAUCUAUGGCCCGGGAGGAACGUUGCCCAGUAACAAGUAUUCUCUGCAGAUCAUUGGUUGGCUGCGAGUUCCAUUCAGUGGCAGGUAUACCUUUGAACUCAACUCCGACACUGGCGGCCGAGUCUUUCUGAACGGCACGGAGGUUUCACCGAGCACCGCCAACAGUGGCAUGGCUGGCGCUGGUGACACGGUGGCAGCCUUGGAGGUGGUGGCGAAGCAGCUCCUGAAAGACUACAAGACAAAGGAGUCCGAGGCGGACGCCAUGGAGGUGGAAAGAAACGAGACGAGAGAAGAAAACCGAAAGCUGAAACGACGCAUCGAGGCCUGGUUGCUACAUGGGUUUGGAUCAAAAUGUUGCUACAUGGGUUUGGAUCAAAAUCAGUUUGAGUAG